UCGGGAGCCCGAGGCUGCUGGGAGCGCGGACGGUGCUGUCCUCUCUACCAGCGAGGCCGUGCCUGUGGUAGCAUCCGGCAGGGAGAUGGUCGUGGUUUCGGUGCCCGCCGAAGUCACAGCUAUCCUGUUAGAUAUCGAAGGUACCACAACCCCGAUUGCUUUCGUGAAGGAUACUUUGUUCCCAUACAUCAGGGAGAAUGUUAAGGAUUACCUGCAGACGCACUGGGAUGAUGACGAGUGUCAGCAGGAUGUCAGCCUGCUGAGGAAACAGGCUGAAGAAGAUGCACACCUGGACGGGGCUGUUCCAAUCCCUGUGGCAUCUGGAAAUAACGAGGAUGACCUGCAGCAGAUGAUCCAGGCCGUGGUGGAUAAUGUGUACUGGCAGAUGUCUCAUGACCGGAAGACCACAGCGCUCAAACAGCUGCAGGGCCACAUGUGGAAGGCGGCUUUCACAGCUGGCCUUGUGAAGGCAGAGUUCUUCGAGGACGUGGUUCCAGCAGUCAGAAGGUGGAGAGAGGCUGGAAUGAAGGUGUACAUCUACUCUUCAGGGAGCGUAGAGGCUCAGAAACUGCUCUUUGGGCACUCCACAGAAGGAGAUAUUCUUGAGCUUAUUGAUGGCCACUUUGACACCAAGAUUGGACACAAAGUGGAGAGCGAGAGUUACCGGAAGAUUGCAGAUAGCAUUGGGUGCUUAACCAGCAAUAUCUUGUUUCUCACAGAUGUUACUUUAGAGGCCAGUGCUGCCGAGGAAGCAGAUGUGCAUGUCGCUGUGGUGGUGAGACCUGGCAAUGCGGGAUUGACAGACGAUGAGAAAACAUACUACAACCUCAUCACAUCCUUCCACGAGCUGAACCUGCCAUCAACAUAGAGCAGGUUCUGAGGAAGACGAAACUGCUCCCCGUCAUGUCUAGCUUUAUUCUAAUUGUAAAAGUUACUUACUUAUAUGUACACACAGACAUAUGCAAGUGUAAAUACAUGUAUGUGUGCUCAGAUUAAUUUCUAUGGGCACAUAUGUGAGCAAAGUUGUCAGUUCCGUGAGAAUCAAGUUCAUGUAAAGAGGCUUUGUAUGUAGAACAUAACUCUUUUUAAGUCUCAAUGAGGCCAGAGUAUAUGUGAUAGAAGAAACUGCAAAAAUGCAAAUCAAAUGUACGAUGUUUAUCAAAUUGUUUACUGAAAUGGAAAGCUAGCUUUGAGACAUUAUCACCCAGAGACCUUGUUAUUUUAAAACUGGCAGUACUUCAGAGGCAUCUGGAAGAGGAACCCACCAACCCUGCCUCCUUGUGAGCUCGCAUCACACUGCUGCGCUCAGCCUCACUUCUUUGUGAACAGGAGUCAGGCACCGGUUCCUGUUCAGAGAAACUGGCUUUGAUCAGUCGGGUAUUGGGGCGCAAGGCAGCACACGCCCCCCCCCCCCCCCAGCAGUGUCCGUGGACCAGCUAAGGUGGCGGUGGCUCCACUAACCGGUCAGUGUUAGCACUGUUUUAUAGUUGCCUUCUGUGUCUUACAUAGUAGCUUGAGAAUAUAUGUUAAUGACUAUUUUUUAAAAAUGCUUUAUUGAAACCAGUGUAACACCACAAAGAGCUCUAAUGUGUAAUGUUUCCUCUAAAGUGGAUGUGAAGAUGUAAAUUUUGUAACAGUACUGUUUAUUCCGGUGCCAUUCUGACAGUUUAUGUCAGUCUCGUGUAAUUAAUUAAUAAAGGCAUUUUCCCCUUUUAGUUUCA